AUUGGCGAAGCCACCCUUAUAGCCGUUCAAACCAGGUAAACAAUGUUACAGACGUUGUCGAAACUGCAGGUAACAGCGCGAGGACGGAGUCGCCAACCUUCCCUGCUCUAGACUCCUACGGAUUUUCCGUCGAUGUCGGAGGUGUCGUGAAUGCUUUAUCCAAAAUCGGAGCACCAGUUCGUUGGCCAAAAAAGAGCGACCGACCGGAAGCGCAAAAAGAUGAAACAAAGUGGUGCCAGUUCCAUCAUGACCAUGGCCAUAAGACGGAGGCGUGCAUUGCGUUGCGACGAGAGGUCGCGUUCAUGCUUAAUAAGGGGCAUCUUAAAGACAUCUUGAGCGACAAAGGUAAAGCGUCCUUCGGUAGGAAUACCACGCAGUCCGACCCUCUUGCGUCUCCCACAUACGUAAAGGUAAUCAACGUUAUUUCUGGUGGAUCUGAUGUAUGUGGAGUAACGUAUUCCGCAGCCAAAAGGCUAGCAAGAGAGGGUACCCGCUCGUCCGCCGUUUAUAAAUCUUGCAGGUCAGCUGAGGAACGCAAGCUCGAAGCAAUGGCAAUAACCUUUGACGAUGACGAUGUCUGUGACGUGGAGCACCACGAUGGAUUAGUCAUAUCCCUGACUGUCAGCAACUGCUUGUUAAAGCGAGUGUUAGUCGAUGGAGGCAGCUCAGCCAACAUCAUAUUCAGAAGCGCCCUCGAAGGUAUGGGUUUGUGCGAUAAAGAUAUUACUAAAAAAUCUAUUGUUUUGGUAGGUUUCAGUGAAGAGGCUCAACAUACUGUCGGAGAGAUCACACUACCAACGCUAGCCAAAGGCGUCAACCUGCCAACCAGAUUCAACGUUGUGGACUGCCCGUCAGCGAAUAAUAUCAUUCUCGGCACUCCAUGGAUACACAAGAUGAAGGCCGUCCCUUCAACCUAUCAUCAAUCGCUGAAGUUUCUUACCAAGUGGGGCGUCCAAGAAAUAAAUGGCGAACAGAAGUCUGCAAGAGAAUGCUAUAGUUCGUCACUCAAACCCCCAAAAGCGAUUAUCUAGCAAUUAAAGGAUGGGUCAGCGCCCGACGCGCCCAGCGAGUAGGACGUGGAUGAAGUGAUGCUCGAUCCAUCCAUCCCCGAUCGCGUCGUUCGAAUCGGAGCGACAUUGUCGCAAGAAAUACGAGGUCAGUUAGUUGAUUUUUUGAAAACUAACCAAGAUUGUUUUGCUUGGUCCCAUGAAGAUAUGACAGGAAUCAGCCCCGACGUCAUUACGCAUAAGCUCAACGUCGACCCCGCUCACAAGCCUGUAAAACAGAAAAGACGCAAGUUCGCGCCUGAAAGGAAUGAAGUCAUCAAUGACGAGGUUCAGAAGCUGAUCGAUACCGGAAAGAUCCGCGAGGUAAAGUAUCCAGAUUGGUUAGCCAAUGUCGUGGUGGUCAGCAAAAAGAACGGGAAGUGAAGAGUAUGCAACGACUUCACGGAUUUAAACAAAGCAUGUCCCAAGGAUCCAUUCCCUCUCCCUCAUAUAGAUGCAAUGGUCGACGCGAUGGCAGGUCACGAGCUUUUAACGUUCAUGGACGCAUAUUCCGGGUACAACCAAAUAUUGAUGCAUCCGGACGACCAGGAAAAGACUGCAUUUGUUAUUGAUAAAGGUAUAUAUUGUUACAAGGUUAUGCCUUUCGGUUUGAAAAAUGCAGGUGCCACAUAUCAGCAACUGGUUAAUCAAAUGUUUAAAGAUCAACUGGGUGACACUAUGGAAGUGUACAUAGACGAUAUGCUCGUGAAAUCCAAGCGAGCAGACGAUCACAUUCAGCAUCUAUCGGAGGCUUUUGACGUCUUACGAAGGUAUGGCAUGACUGUAAAUCCUACUAAGUGCACCUUUGGAGUGUCCGCAGUAAAAUUUUUAGGGUACGUCGUGACGCAACGAGGAAUUGAAGCCAACCAAGAUCAAAUAAAAGCCAUCAUCAACAUUCUGUCCCCACGAAGCGUCAAGGAGGUGCAAAAGUUGACUGGUCGCGUGGCUGCGUUAAAUCGUUUCAUAUCCCGGUCAUCUGAGAAAUGCCACCUAUUUUAUGUCGUCUGGAGAAAGAAUAAGGGCUUCGAGUGGACGCAACAACACGAAGACGCGCUGCAAAAACUUAAAAGCUACUUAGCGUCGCCACCGUUAUUGUCAAAACCAAAUAUCGGGGAAACGUUGCAGCUCUAUCUCGCGGUAAGUAACGUGUCCGUCAGCAUUGUUCUGACGCGGGAAGCGGAGAGCCAGUAGCUACCAAUCUACUAUGUCAGUAAGUCUCUGCUAGACGCGGAGACCAGGUAUUCUUCAUUAGAAAAGCUCAUUUUAGCCAUAGUCGUAGCUGUUAAAAAGCUUUGGCACUAUUUCGAAACACAUACUGUUGUCGUUAUGACUAAUUAUCCUAUCAAGUCUGUCUUGCGACACCCAGAAUUGACAGGUCGCAUGAGCAAGUGGGCAAUAGCACUCAGCGCAUACGAUAUCCAGUUUCAUCCAAGGACCGUUGUCAAGUCACAAGCUUUGGCAGAUUUUGUGGCAGACUUUAGCCCAGAGCUAGAGAAGCUUGCAAACGACGAAGUCGCAAGGAUUAAUCAAGUGAACGACGACUCUUGGAUAUUGUUUGUUGAUGGGUCUUCUAAUUUUUGUGGUGCAGGUCUAGGCAUUGUGCUAAAGUCACCACAAGGGGGCAAGAAAGUACGAGCCAUUUGCUGUGAAUUUAGAGCGACGAAUAACAAAGCCGAGUACGAGGCGCUCAUAGCUGGAAUGACGUUAGCAGAGGAUAUGGGAGCAAAAGCAUUGAAAGUCUUCAGCGAUUCAUUGCUGAUAGUCAGCCAAGUCAAAGGCGAACUCGCAGCAAAAGACUCUAAAAUGGCCAUGUAUUUAGAAAUAGCUAAGAGUAAAAGUAAAGUGUUUAAUUCAUUUGACAUUUUGCACAUACCUAGGGACCAGAAUACACAAGCAGAUGCAUUGGCCAAUCUCGGAUCUUCUCUAAGGGACAUUUCGUUUACGUCCGUCCCUAUUGUUCAUUUGACAAGCCUUGCUACUGCUAGGAGCAUCGGGGACGCUGUCACGACGACGAUCGAACAGCUUCGAGACAAUCAUGAGGUCGCCAUUAACAUCGAUAAUAUCGCACCUGAGAGCGACCCUGACGCCGAGGAAGUAAGUGUCAGUUGGACAAAACCAUUUUAUGAUUUCCUUGCUAACGAUGUACUCCCAACAAAUAAGGUGGAAGCACGUAGAAUUUGAUUCAAGGCGUCGCGAUACGUACUCAUUCAAGGAGUACUGUUCAAAAAAUCUGUCGCGGGCCCCUACCUACGCUGUUUGGAGGAGGAACAGUGGGGGCAAGUCCUAAAGGACAUGCAUGAAGGCACUUGUGGAAAUCAUUCAGGAGGACGCAGCUUAUCCAACAGAAUAUUGUGCAUGGGCUAUUAUUGGCCAACAAUGAGGAAGGAUGCAAUAAGGUAUGUCGCCAAAUGCGAUAGUUGUCAACGACAUGUAGGUAUAACGCACAAACCCUGUGAACUUUUGCAUUCUACUCUAACACCUUGGCCUUUCAUGAAGUGGGGCAUGGACAUAGUUGGCAAAUUACCUCCAGCCCCAGGUCAGAAGGUCUUUAUGUUAACACUAACUGACUACUUUUCUAAGUGGAUUGAAGCAGGUUCUUUUCAAUAGGUACGCGAUAAGGAAGUGAUUUCCUCUAUAUACACUAACAUCAUUUGCAGAUUUGGCGUCCCGUCCGAGAUAGUAUGCGACAACGGGUCGCUGUUCAUCAGCAACGAGACAAGACGUUUCUGCGAUGAAUGGGGCAUAGCGUUGCUAACGUCAACACCAAGAUACCCGCAAGCCAAUGGACAGGCUGAGUCCAGUAACAAGACGAUCAUUGACUCUUUGAAGAAGCGACUCGCAGCCAAGAAAGGUAAAUGGGCGGAGGCGUUGCCUUCCAUCUUAUGGGCUAAUCGCACGACACCGCGCACCACGACUGGACAAACUCCGUUCUCACUAGUCUAUGGUUGUGAGGUUGUCCUGCCUUCGGAAGUGAGCGUCCCACUGCGAGAUAUAGCGUAGCGACGGAACGACAAAAUCGCGAUGAAUUGAUAAACGACCUAGAUACCAUUGAGGAGUUGCGCGACGCAGCGUUGGUACGCAUGGCGGCCCAGCAGCAAAUAGUAGCGAGGAGCUUCAACAAAAACGUCCAAGCCAAAUCCUUCGUCGAAGGAGACUGGGUCCUAAGGAAAGUAUUCCAGAACACACAAGAGGCUAACGCUGGUAAGCUAGGUCAGAAGUGGGAAGGACCAUAUCAAAUUAGUAAAGUGGUAGGCUACGGAGCCUACCAAUUGGUCCGACGUGACGGAAGCUCCGUGCCACGUAGCUGGAAUGCCACACACCUCAAACGAUACUACUUUUAAAGCUAAGUGAUAAGCUUUGUUUUCCCAGUCUAAAAAAUAAAUAAAACAAAAAAAAAAAGAAAAAGAAAAUGCAUAUAUAUAUAUAUAUAUAGAGAUAUAGAUAGAUGGUAAUGCUAUUAUAUCUGUGUCGCUAGUUGUUAGCGACCAUAGUGUUCUCUAACUAGGUAUUGUUGAGUUGCAGGCAAUUGUUCCCGUCCAACUUGUUAACGUCCCGACGAUUUUAACAAGACAUUAGGCAGAUUUGCAUUUUGCCACCAUGUAAAGUGUUUUGGUCCACCCUUGCCUCAGCCGACGUUAUGACAGGGGCACAGCCAUUUUAAAGUUAUAACUGCCGAUGACAUUUCGUCUAUCUCUCUAACGAACACAUUUUCGUUUCUCUCGUCUCUUUUCACACAAAUUGCCAUCAAACACUAAAACGUAGGGUUUCAAAACUCAACCUACUCCCGGGUCCCACCUGCCAUUGCUUCCCUACACCGACCGGUAACCUCUACACCAACUGGUCUCCACACACGGUGUCGGCUUCAACGCACUCGCAGUCCCGCACUCCCGUAGUGGCGCAUCUAGCAACCCCUUCCCUCUACUCUACUAGAUUGCAACUCUUGAAGAGUGUAGGUAACUCUUUUGUUUCCAUUUUCCAUUUUAUAUACUAAUGCUUGGAUUAAUUACAAAUUUAAUCAUUGGGAUGCUUUGAUUAAUUGAAAUUAUUAAAUUGCCAAGAGAUUAAUAAGAUGAAUUGGCUUAUUGAAGUUUAAUUUGGAUAUUGGAGUAAUAGUUAAUUGGUUAUUGAAGUUUAACUUGUUUAAUUUAAUUGGUUAACCAUAAUAGUGAUGCCAAGAAACACUAGUAGAAUAAAUGCUAUUUGCUGCGCUGAUAUUGCUGCGGUUUUACCAAUACGCAGCAAUAUAAUACGCAAAAAAUAUUAAAAAAUUGAAAAUGACAAUAUUGCUGCGGUUCCCGCCAAAAACCGCAACAAUAUCGUUCAACGGGUCAAUUUUGAAAAACAUGUGGGGCCCACAACAGCUAAUAUUGCUGCGGUUUCCGCGUAGGACCGCAUCAAUAUAUUAAAAAAAUACUUUUUUAAUAUAUUGUUGCGUUCCUACGUGGCAACCACAGCAAUAUUAUUAAAAAAAAUAUAAAAACGCGUGUUAGGUUUUUCCUUGUCAUUUUUUCAAUCCUCACAACCGUUUCCAUUCUCUCAACCUUCUCUCUCUCUCUCUCUCUCUCAACCUUCCAUUCUCUCAACCCUCAUUCUCUCAACCCUCUUUCUCCUGUCAACCUUCCAUUCUCUCAACCCUCUCUCUCUCUCAACCUCAGCAAUAUCAACGACUCUUUCUUCGUCGUCCUUCGAACGGAGCGACA